UCACAGACUUUUAAUUUGAAGUUUCUACCGGAUAUGGCAGUUUGACGUUCCGCUUUACUUCCGGUCUGCGUUCCUCUUAGCGGAGGAAUGUGUCCUGCUGUCUGACCGAUGGUCAGAAAACGAUGCCGGUUCCCUCCUCCUCCCGCAGCGAUGACGGCCCUAACAUCCCAGUAGAUGAGCUCUCCACUGACAGGGUCCACCUUCAUCCAUAACUAUCAAUCUGUCCUGUUUCUAAACAUGGAGCGCUAAGCUCCUCCCCUUUGAGGAGACGGUUCUACGGUUUUCUAAAGGAAUCUCAUCUAGUGGAGGCUCAGGGUUUGGAUCUCCUGGUCAAAGAUGUUUUCAGCUCUAAAGAAGCUGGUGGGGUCUGAGCCUGGGCAGCUCAGGGAGAAAACCAUCCCUGCAGGACUGCAGUCCAUGAACCAGAGUCUGCAGCGCCGCUUCGCCAAAGGCGUUCAGUAUAACAUGAAAAUAGUCAUCCGAGGAGACCGAAAUACUGGAAAGAGCACUUUGUGGCACCGACUGCAGGGGAAGAAGUUUGUAGAGGAGUACAUUCCCACUCAGGAGAUCCAGGUCACCAGUAUUCACUGGAAUUACAAAAAUAAAGAAGGCUCAUGUCUUAUUUUCUGUAGUAAUAGACUGAACAAGUCAAGCAGACUCGUUUGUGCCGUCUGGUCUGUCCAUUCUAGGACAUUCAAUUACAUCCUGAGGGAGCUGCCCAAAGUACCCACCCACGUACCGGUGUGUGUUCUGGGGAAUCACAGAGACAUGGGAGAACAUCGCGUUAUUCUCCCUGAUGACAUCCGGGACUUUAUCGCAGGGCUAAACAGACCGAUGGGAUCAUCCUACAUUCACUACGCUGAAUCGUCUAUGAAGAACGGGUUUGGCUUGAAGUAUUUGCACAGGUUCUUCAACAUCCCCUUCCUGCAGCUCCAGAGAGAAACGCUCCUAAGGCAGCUGGAGACCAACCAGCUGGACAUGGACGCCACCCUGGAGGAGCUGACUGUCCAGCAGGAGACUGAGGAUCAGAACUAUGAGAUUUUCUUGGAGAACCUGGAGUCUCGCAGUAAGGGCCAUGCUUCUCCUGGUCCGACCAACGGUCAGAGUCCCUCCUCCGGCUCCCAGUCUCCGGUCGUCCCUCCCAGUGGUGCUUCCACAGGCAGCUCCAGUCCCAGCACUCCUCAGCCUCCACUGGCUUCCCAGAUGCUUCCUCAGGCUCCAUCUGCACCCUCCCCUGCUCCCCCUACAGCAGUAGUCAGUGGAACCUUCACCCCCAUGGCUGAAAUUAAACCUCCUCCCCAGUCACCCGAACACCAGCAGUCACCCUCUGCACCUGGGGGGUCAGGUCCCCAAAAACGCAGCUUCAUAUCUCGCUGGUUUGGUUCAUCUGCUGCUGCUGAGAUUCCUGCCUCUGGUCCAGAGGAGCCUCCGGCACCCAUGUGUCCUGCUAAAGUUCAGAGUGUGGAUGAUUUUGUGCCAGACGAGAGACUGGACAGGAGUUUCCUGGAAGACAGUGUGCCCUCCAAGAACAAGGUGCCCCAACCUGCUCCAGCUGUGGACAGCGACAGUGAUGGAGAGAGCAGAGGGAACCCCAUGGUUUCUGCUUUCCAAGAUGAGCUGGAUCCUGAUGACACCAGUCUUCCCCAGGUCAGGAGCCUGCCCCACAGUAAAGACAUCUCUUUGAGCAGUGAGGAAGAGGAGGAGGUGGCCCCCCCAGUCACUCUGGACCAGGACAGCGAUCCUGACCUAAAAGCGCCGGUCAUCCAGAAAGCUCCAGAGGUCAGGGUUGCUCCGGUCUCCCUGACGUUGGCUCCAGCAGUAGAGCCAGCUGCUCCGCCAGCAGGCAGGAGGAGGGGGGGGCCAGCCAGAGCAGAGGACUCGGACUCGGAGCCUGAGGCCCCCGUAGCCCAGCAGAUGCUCUCCUUUGUCAUGGACGACCCUGACUUUGAGUCAGAAGCCUCAGACACCCCAAAGACUGCAAAGGACAUCUUUCCAGUCAGAGAUGAGCUUCUGUCAGACCUCUCUGAUGAAGACACGCGUUUCUCCAAGGCGCCACUGAAACCCACUGGGAUUUCCUUCAAAUCCAAGGAUGAUACGGACCUGUUUGGCCUGGGAAUCCACGAAGAGCCUCGAACAGCAAAGGACAGCAGCGAAGAGCAGGAAGAAAAGGACAGCAUGCUGUCCAAAGAGAAGAAAAAGAAGAAGAAGAAAAGCAAGGAGGAAGACGACAAGAGCAAGAAGAAACACAAACACAAGAAGAAGGAAAAAGAUGAAGCUGCAGCAGGAGAUGACAAGAAGAAGAAAAAAUCCCGAUCCAAGAAAACAAAAGUUGAUGAAUUGGAGGACUUCCUGGGUGGGGGGGGUGCUUCAGUCAAAAGAGACGGUGGGGAUUAUGAGGAGCUAUAAAGUCUCACUGCUUUGCAGAACAGAGACACCAGCCAUAUUCCUCACUGCAUCCACCCGCUUCCUUCCUCAUUCUCACUCCAACCAACCAGGGGGCGGUGCUUAGGGCUGACCUUUGACCCCAUUCGUUCCUCUGGGUUCAGCUUUUCUUUGGUUUGCUGUAAAUAGUGAUGUGAGCAUGCUCGAAACGACUGAAUCUGUUUUAGGAAAAUUAACUUCAUACGGUGACUCAUUAACUGGAUGAUGUCAUACGGUGACUCAUUAACUCUGGAUGAUGUCAUACGGUGACUCAUUUACUGGAUGAUGUCAUACGGUGACUCGUUUACUGGAUGAUGUCAUACGGUGACUC